GACUGCCGCUUAGCCACCAGUAUUUAUUUACGCUUUAAAUAAUGUGCCGCUUAAGGCGACGGCGGCAACAUUGAUAUUAUCUGCCAGCCUUGAAAUUUGGACCUUGUUAAUAUUUUGUGGAGGAAUUUAAAAAUUGAUUUGCUGCAAAUAACUCUUAGUGACAGUUACGUAUCAGUUGGUGAGUUUUUUAGGUUAACUAAAACUCCAGUGGGUAUUCACGUUAACUCAUCGAAUAUGUAUAAUAGCUAUUAACUGGUUUAUUUAUGGUUAACAGUAAGACUUGUGAAACUGAAAUAUUUUCUGCUUUUAGUCAUUUUACGUGAAAUAAGUGUGUUGAUUUUUACAUAAAAAUGAAUGCCAAAGCCACUCAAGCGAUAAUAUUUACAUUAGUAGGAUGUAUGUUGAACAAUAUAUUCUUGGAAUAUAUAAUUAAAUUAGAUCCAGGUGCGGGGCAUUUAAUAACAUUAUGUCAAUUUAUAUUUAUUGCUAUGCAGGGGUUGAUUUUUACAUCUAAAUUUGGUACAGUCAAACCCAAAAUACCCUUUAGCAAUUACAUGACUUUAGUCGUUUUAUUUUUCACUACGAGUGUGGUGAAUAAUUGGGCUUUUGCUUUCAACAUUCCUGUUCCUUUACACAUGAUAUUUAGAGCUGGUUCACUUAUAGCUAAUAUGAUCUUGGGAAUUAUUGUAUUGAAGAAAAAAUAUACCCUUGAAAAAUAUUUAUCUGUCAUUCUUAUAACACUUGGAAUCAUCAUAUGUACUCUAUAUUCCAGUAAAUCUAAAGAAAUAUCUUGUACUGACUGUAAUGUUGGAACUGGUGAUGUACCUGAAAAAAAUACAUCAGAAGAAGAAGUUUCCACCGAAUUUUUCUUUUGGUGGAUGAUUGGUAUAUUUCUUCUAACAGGGGCAUUGUUAUUAUCUGCUGCAAUGGGAAUAUUUCAAGAAAGGUUGUAUCAAAAAUAUGAUAAACACCCACAAGAAGCACUUUUUUACACUCAUAUCUUACCCCUCCCUGGAUUUUUGCUCUAUUCAGUUAGUUUAUCAGAACACAUAGACAUAGCAAACAAAAGUGACAUGUACACACUACCUUUAAUCAACAUAAGUUUACCUAUAAUAUGGUGUCUCUUAUUUCUCAAUGUAGUUACCCAGUAUAUGUGUAUAAGUAACGUUUAUAUAUUAACUUCGGAGUGCGCAUCUCUAACUGUUACUUUGGUAAUUACACUGAGAAAAUUCUUUUCAUUAGUAUUUUCAAUAAUUUAUUUCCAAAAUCCGUUCACUUUGGCUCAUUGGAUUGGUACUAUUAUGGUAUUUACGGGUACUUUGAUGUUUUCCGAAACGCAUAAGAAAAUUUUAGGUGCGUUUAUGCCUCCGCAAGAGAAAGUGUCGAAAAAGAAAAACUAAAAACUGCAUUUUUAUGGAUUUUUAUAUGCGUACAUUGUUUUUUUAACUUAUGUUGUAGACGAUGUUAAAAAUAUACAAUUUUAUCAAUUAUCUACAGUAUUAUCGUUGAAAAUGUUUUAAGCAGUUAUGUUUUUGUUUUAAAAUAAAGUUUAAUAAAAUAGUA